AUGGCAGACCCAACAUCCUCCCUGUUCGCCCUUGACCCUUCCCAGUAUUCAUCUGCCGCCUUCUCCCAGUCAGCGUCGAUGGCCGACCACGCCGCCCCCGCGGACGCCGCCGAACACGGCGAGAGCAACACCGGUCCUCGCUCCAAGCGCAUCGCCUGUGUCGUCUGCCGCAGACGAAAACUGAGAUGCGAUGGUAAGCGACCAAGCUGUGGAACCUGCUCGCGACUGGGCCACGAGUGCGCCUACGACGAAGCGCGCAAAAAGAGCGGUCCGAAGCGGGGGGUAUGUCAAGCAGCUGGAGGCACGAUUAGGUACGCGAUUCCUGGCGACAGCUUGUCAGGCAAGUCAUUUCUAACCCUUGCCGUCAUCUCUACAGCUCAGGUUGAGACCCUCCUGAAAGGCCAGGAGCCCGACACCACCCAGCGAGCCUUGCCGGUGCCGCAGCCUCAGGACAAUGCAUUCACUGUGCCCCUCAAUGAAGAGUCUAUACUGUCCAUGCCUGAUAUCUCGGGACUGGCAGAGGGAAUGGAGGGACCAAUGCCCACCUCGAAUGCGGCCUCUACAUCGCAGCCGGCUCAGAUGUUUUUCCCCCCUGCACCACAGAGCAUACCCAAUGACCCUUCGUGGGACCUGAUCAGCUUAGGUCUGGAAGAGCCGCUUCCUACGCAGGACGUGAUUGAUGAAUUGGAGCAUAUCUACUUUGAGAAAGUCCACCCGAUACUGCCUAUUAUCCACCGGCCUCGAUACUAUGCGGCAUUAAACCUCGCGCCGCAUAUGCGGCCACCGAUCUGUCUGCGAUACAUUAUGUGGUGUCAUGCGGCGUCUGUCAGUGACAAAUAUAAUUUCCUACACGUCCACUUCUACAACCGAGCGCGCAAGUAUGCCGAUAUGGAUGAGAUGAAGGGCUACGGGGAGAACGUGGUCAGUGUGAGGCACUGUCAAACCUGGAUUCUCGUUGGCACAUAUGAAUUCCGCAUGAUCUACUUCCCACGAGCAUGGCUGAGUGUCGGCAAGGCCGCGCGGCUAGCACUCAUGAUGGGAUUGCACCGGUUGGAUGGCGAAAAUCUUGAUGUCAAACAGACUAUACUGCCACCCCGAGACUGGACAGAUCGCGAAGAACGCAGAAGAACAUUCUGGAUGGCCUUUUGCACUGAUCGCUAUGCGAGUAUUGGUACCGGCUGGCCCAUGCUCAUCGAUGAGCAAGACAUCAUGACAAACUUGCCUGCCUCCGAAGAGUCCUUUAUCAAGAGCAAGCCCCAGCGAACACUUCGCCUUGCCGAUAUCCUGGCAGGCGAGGGCGUCACCACGUUAUCCCCAUUCGGAUGCGUGGUGGUGUUGGCCUCUCUCUUUGGGAAGAACUUCCUCCAUAUUCAUCGUCCCAGCCCACAAGACAAUGAUAAUGACCUGAAUGGAGAGUUUUGGAAGCGUCAUCGCAGCCAUGAUAAUAUUCUCCUUCAUAUCGCAUUGUCCCUGCCCGAUCAUCUUCGACUCCCGACGGGCAUGGAGGAUGUCAAUGUCAUUUUUGCCAACAUGAGCAUUCACACGUCGACCAUCUGUCUUCAUCAGGCGGCGAUCUUCAAGGCCGAGAAGAACAAGAUGCCCAAUCAGAUUGUCACCGAAAGUAAGCGCAGGUGUCUUGUGGCUGCCAAUCAGAUAUCGAGUAUCAUGAAGAUGAUCAGCCACAUGGACUUGACGAAUUUGAAUCCAUUCAUGUCGUUUUGUCUAUACAUCUCGGCGCGUGUUUUCGUGCAAUAUCUCAAAUCCCGGCCAGAUGAUUCGACGGUCCAGUCCUCGCUACAAUUUGUGGUUGGUGCACUCAACGCAAUGAAGUCGAAGAACCCUUUGACCCAAUCCUUCCUUGUUCAACUGGAUGUUGAUCUCGAAGGAACUGGGAUCCAAGCCAUAAAUCCUUCGUUCACGGAAAGCGUCAAAUACACUGCACAAAUAAUGCAAUCUUUUUGUAAAGAUAAAUCCGGCCAUUUCCCUGCCACAUUCGUCCCAGCCAAGCCCACGCAACCUAGCUUUCAGCAGGAGGGACCGCAUUCCACCACCAGCCAGUAUCCUGCACAUGAUGGCAUGACAACUUCGCUUCCUAGCCGACACAAAGAUACCAUGUCCGCAUUUACGGAAGAACGUGCACGAGAGUUAAAGCGGGCGUUCCCUCCAAUCACUCAACCGGGCCCAGAUUUCGCGGCGGGAAUGAUCUUGGACAUGGACGUCGACCUUUCGCCCGAUUUUGGCUCGAGCGAUAAGAACAACCCCCCGUCCGACCAUCCCACGCCCUCGACAAUGAACUCCUCCUCCAACACCUCCUACUCAAUGACCGGCGCGGACAACAACUCUCCAGGCAAGAAGCAACAAAAUAUGAAUUCAUACUACACCAGCCAGGGCCCCACUACUACGUCCUCCGACACGUCGAACUCCGUACAUAUCUCGCCAACUGGCACUGAGCCUUCUUCCCAGGCACCCAAUAAUCUGAAUCCGUUGGCAGGCCAAAUGUAUCCAGGCACCACGGAAGGCUCGAUGGGUUCCUCGGGGGUGGCUAAUGCAUUCAGCAUGCCCUCUGGAUGGGACAUCCCCCCGAAUCCUGAUGCGGACGGAGACAAUAAUUUGGACUUUGGCACAGUUCUGACCGAGGCCCAGUGGGCAAAUAUUCUCAAUGGGACUGGACCUGACCAAUCCACCGGUUGGGAAAACUGGCGGUCGACGUGA